ACUAAUACAGUUCAGCUGUCACUGAAUCCAGACUGUUGAAUGUAAACAAAUUGGAAAAGUGGAUUUAUUUUUCUUUUGAAUGUCAAUUGAGAUAAUUUGAAUGAUGACCGAUAUAGACGAAUUAGAUAUCAAUCCUUUCUAUAGGGCUCUUCAGACCAAGUUCCUUUCUGCUUAUGAGGAGGCGCAGGAACGUUGUUACAUGAUCUGUAUUCCAAAGUCAAGCUGUCUGGAGGGGGCAGCUAUUUCGAGAAAACUAAUUGAAACACAUAUCUUGCGACCAUCACCAUUUUUUAAGGGGCAGUUCACGACCUUGAAGUCGGACAGCCAACUGUUGGUUGUUGAUGAUAAUGCUCGCUUCAUCUCCACAGUGGAAGGUUUUCCAGUGAAGACUAACAUCAAGAUUGUUGGGGAGGAGCUCGGUUACAAUAAGGAGUACAAGCCCUACAAGAUGCUCAUUGUCGCCCGACCCUUUGAUAAUAACUUACUGCAAUUCAGACCCAGUGAAAAUGGUGCAAGUCGGAUAGAAGAAAUGCCAAUUAAGUUUACUUUGGAUGGGUGCCGAGACUUUCUCCACAAACACACAGACUCCAAGCUUCUACAUGACUUGGAUCAGGAGCUUGCCAAGUUCAACAAGAGUUACGUUCUCCUGAAAGAUUACCUACAUGAAGCAUCGGACAGACUUAAGCAUCUAGCCACUGCAUUUGCAGAGAAACUAGUGAGGUGUAUCAAGGACAAGAAGACAUGUAGCAAUCAAUUAAAGGAGACAGUUGAAGCCUGUGUGGAGACGUAUGUGAUCGGUAGAGUUCACGGGAAGCUGUAUGGGGUGAUAUGUGAGAGGUGCGGCCAGGAGGACAGCGCUCUCGUCACUAAGUGUUCCAGGCUGCGGGGCCUCACACCAGCCCAUCUCAGUGUGCCCAAACACUUCUCUCUACCUAUGGAGUCAGCUGUACAGGAGAUGAAAACUCUGGACAAGUUGGAAACCCCGAUAGAAAAACUCUACUGCCUCAAGUCAAGUAUUGAUAAAAUCACAGAAGAAGUCAACACAAGUGUUCAUAAGUCCCAGUCUUCCACCCUGACUGUUGAUGAAAUUCCAUGUCUGACAUCAGAUGAUCUGAUUCCAAUACUGGUGACUGUCCUGGUGGGCGCAGGGUGCAGGCACGUGUUUUCUGAUCUCCAUUACAUGGAAAACUUCUACUGGCUGGCAGCCUCUAGGGAUGGUGACAGCCUCAACUACUGUUUUGUGACCUUCAAAGCGGCUGUGUUAUACCUGAUGGAUACAGACUUCAGUGACCUUGACUUGUUGGCAAGUGGCACAGGACCUGAGAAUAGCAUCCCUAAGCAGACCUCAAGAAAGACAGAUAGACCAUCGCCCUCCACCAGGGAGCCUGACAUGCAGGGUAGUGUACGUUAUCGGAAUAGUGAGCCCCUAAAAUCACGGUUGGAUCGACAGAUGGACGAUAUAAGUCGGAUGUUGGAACAAAGCUUAGCAUCUGGCAUCCAGUCUUCUGACCAGCAACAACAUGACAUCAAGCCCAUCAGCGUAUUUGGAGUCACUUCGUCAAGAUCCUCACCAUCUUCCUGUGACGUGGCCAAUCAAGCAGAGACCAAGCCCAAAGACAUGGGGGAUUUCCUAGCAAGUUUGCAGGAUGACAUGUUUCUGACCUCUGGCAAGCAGACAUGACGGUGUGGCAUUGCACUGACAAAGAGUGUGAUAUUUAACUUGGGAUAUCGGAUGAUGGAGAUAACACUGACAAAGAGUGUGAUAUGUUACCGGACAAUGGGCAUUAGGCGACUAUAAAUUAGUUGCUAGAUCUCCACCCCGCUUGGAUGUUGGAUGAAAAUCUAGCAAUUAGUUUAUACUUCCCUUACACUGACAAAGAGUGUGAUAUUUUAUAGAGUGAAAUCUGACGAUUGGGAUUACACUGACAAAGAGUGUGAUAUUUUAUAGGGUGAAAUCUAACGAUUGGGAUUACACUGACAAAGAGUGUGAUAUUUUAUAGGGUGAAAUCUAACGAUUGGGAUUACACUGACAAAGAUUAUGAUAUUUUACCGCGGAUAUCUUACGUUUGGAAUUCCAUUAAAAAAGAGUGUGAUAUUUCAUCGAAGAUAUCCCAUGAUGGGAAUUACAUUGACAAUGAUACAGGAAGUGAUUUAUCUGUGAUACAAUUAACCCUUUGCAUGCUGGGUAAAUUGUCGUCUGCUCAAAAAUGUUGUCUGGUUUAUUCUAAAUUUCUUUCAAUUUACUUGAAACUUUGGGGAUAUAUUGACUGAGUGGCA